ACCUUUUCACCUCUUCACUUGUUUCUUUUUCUCAGAAAGAUGCAAAAAGCUGAAAAACGUUUGGUCGCCAUUUUGAGACGUGCCAAACAAGCUGGCAUCUCUAUAGAAGCCAUUAACACUUACAUUUCAACAGAAAUAACUAAAAAUACAACCAAGGAUGGUCAAAAACCAACAUAUCUUCAAAAAUUUGGGAAAUUUAAGAGUAAUUUUAAUAUUUUUGGGUUAAUUACAAUUGGAUUAGUGUUAACAGCAGGAAAAUCAUAUUUCUCAAGAGUUUUUGAAGGCCCAGACUCAGAGUGUUUGAUCAAAAUGCCCUUUGAUGAAACAAAAGUCUUCCGCAAACCUGAAGAUUGUUCAAUUUGCAAAGGAAUAAACAAAGUAGAUCGCAUUUCCAACAUUUCUCAACAAGAUUUUGAUGAGUUUUACGCUCUGAAAGCAAAACCUGUUAUAAUCACGGACGGUACAAGAGGUUGGGACGCACAGGACCUCUUCAGUUUUAAUUUCUUUAAAGAUUUAUACGAAAAAUACGAUACAGGAAGAACCGGAAGAACAGUCUGUCAGUUUUUCCCCUACAAAACAGAAUUUGAUAGCCUCCGAGAAGCUUUAAACAUGAGUGAAGCCAGAGCACGUCUUGAACCAGGCACAAAAGAAUGGUACAUCGGUUGGAGCAAUUGUAACGAUCGUGCUGGUCAAGAACUACGCAAACAUUACAAAAGACCGUACUUUUUGCCCGAUAUAUCUGAGAAUAUGGCGUUGAGUUGGAUCUUUAUGGGUGGACCGGGAGAGGGCGCUCACAUGCAUGUCGAUAAUGUGCAUUACGCAUCGUGGCAGGCGCAAAUUCGCGGACGAAAGAAAUGGCGGCUUGCUCCGCCUCCGGAAUGUCAUUACGCAUGCGAAGAAUUCUCAGCCAUUGUGGAGCCAGGCGAAAUCAUUGUGGUGGACACCAACCGUUGGUAUCAUCAGACACACAUUCUUCCUGGUGAUAUAAGUAUCACGAUAGGCACUGAAUUUGACUAGAAUGACGUGAUUAACAUUUUAAAAUUCCUAUGACUCAUACUAUCACAUACAUAUUUUAGUUUAUUUUCCUUUUACUCUUUUAUUUAAUUUUUAUUUUUUUAGCAUUGAAAUUUGAGCUGAGAUUUUUUUCAUUACAUGUUUAUUUAUUGGAGCGAAGUGCGAAUAUAUUUAUGACAAACAUGGCGCAUAAAAAAACGAGUGCUAGAAGUCGAAGUACCAAAGCUACUUAAGUUACAUGUUAAGUAUAACGAGUGAGUAAGCCACGCUGAGAGACUUAUGUGAUUUAUCGUUUUCAAUUGUAGAGUAUAGCAAAAUUGUAGAAUUUUCAACGCCGGCACUAAAGCAUAACAUAACCAUAAAGGUAAGUGCAAAGUGUAGACAAAACAAAACAUACAGAGUCGUAUUAUAAUCAUUUCCUUAUAUUAUAAAGUUUAUAUUAUAUAAUAUAUAAGUUAGGUUAAAUCCUAACCUUAUUCAAUGGCAUAAAACACUCGAUGAUUGCAACGAUUGGAGUAAUGUAACUUUAAUCUGGUGUCCAGCUGUAGAAUGUAGUAGAUUCAUUUGUUUCGCUUCAAACACGUUCAACACACAUGUGUUAAGUGAACUAAGCUGCAAACAAUCAUAAUGUUAACGUUCGUGACUCAUAACUGAGAUUUUAAUUUAUAUUCAAGAGCUGGUUUUAUAACGAUGACUUAUCGUUUGAUGAUGACUAGAUAGUGACGAUGUUUUAAAUGUAAAAGAGGUUAAGAGGGUAUAAAUAAUAUAAAACCAACAAUAAAAAUAAACUUACAUGAUAA